AUGCACGCGGUAAGGUUAAAAGACAAUGGGUUUGCGACUGGAGUUGUGAUUGCGUGCGCGCAGACGCUUUGUAUGACGAUUGCCGGGAGCGAGGGGCAUGCAGGUAUUGCGCCGCAUACGCUGAAUGUGCUCUUGGGCGUGAUUGCGGGGAUCGAGGGGGAUGGGGCGGUCGCUAAGGAGUGCAGGCAAGUGACGAGGGCUUUGGCUAACAUGAAGAACAGAAUAAAGUGGGAUGAAGGGUAGUGGGGAUUUGGGAAAUGAGAGACAAGGAGAAGGCUGUUGAUGAGAGAGAGCGAAUAGGAAACAUGCGAUGGGGAGUGGUAAUGCACAAAAUCGGUCACAGAUGUGGGUCUCUUUUGCUGUAUGAGGUGGUGGAAAUUAUCGGCUCCCUAGAGGGGUGAGGCGAUGCAGUGUCCCUGAAGGAUGCAAGUUGCGAUGGAGUUGAGCAAACUCUCUGAUGGGAGGCGAUGUCAUGCGAGUAGAGUGCUGCAGCGCGCCGCUGUGGCUUCUUGCCACUUGUCCCCCUGAAGAGUUGUACCUCGUUGAUUCCGGUUCCGUAGAAUCAGCCUAGUUGUCAGUGAGGCACUUCACAGUGUGUGAAGGACGUAGCUCGUCGAGUACGUUUGGGAAAGAUGGUUGCAGGACUUGCCUUGUUUACCAUACAUAAAGGCGAUGCGAAUGCCCGUUUACGACGGUAAAGAAGGAAAAAUUUCGGCACGGGGUUGAUCCGUCCGCAGGGGGUGGAUCAAAAUGGACCAAUUCUUCCCA